AUGGCGCAAUCUCUUUCACCGUCCCUGAACGGCUCCUCGCCGAGCAUGCCGGCGAAGAGGGAGCAUCUGUGGAUGCAUGGCGUUGCAGGCAUGAUGGGCGGGUCAGCCGCGAUGAUGAUGUUUUACCCGCUGGACUUCCUACGCACUCGCACGCACACCCUUCAUCAGGGAAGCCGUGCGAUGCCGCUUCGCUCCGUUCGAGAGAUUUUGCGUCAGGAAGGUUUGCGCGGCAUGUACAAGGGUAUCGUUGUGUCUGUCGUUUCGCACAGCAUUGGGUGGGGACUGUACCUGGUCACCUUCCGCUCCGCGCAGCAGCGCCUCACGGAGUUACUCGAUGAAACGCUGGAGGACUCUAUGAUUGAGCAGUCCGGUCUCGAUUUUAUGAGCGCAUGCGUCGCGGCCACUAUCACUGGCACUGUCGUCACGCCGCUCCACGUCGUCAAGACACGCCGCCAGCUGUGCGACGGCAACCGCCUUCACAGCGGCGUCCGUGCGCAGCCGCUGCCGUCCGGUUUCGCUGGGGUAAGAACUAUUGUGCGGCGGGAGGGGUGGAGGGCCAUGUUCCGCGGACUGUGGCCUCAGAUACUGCUCACCGGCAACACCACCAUCCAAGUGACCAUAUACGAGUGGUUCCGGCGUAACCUGUUCACCAACCACGAAAAUCCCUCGCCGCUGCAGGUGGCACUGGCCUCCGGCUUUUCCAAGGCAGUAGCUUGUAUCUUCUUCAACCCCCUCGAGGUCGUGCGGACCUGCCUACAGGAUCAGCGUAACCACGGCAGGCAGGAGUACAAGAACAUGUUGACGGGCUUGCAGACCAUCUGGCGCAGUGAGGGGCUCAUCGGCAUGUACCGCGGCCUUCCCGUGAAUGUGGCACGCGUCAUCCCGUCAACGAUGAUGGCGUUUGUGCUGUACGAAAAGUUUUUGUGGGCGAUUCGCGCGACGUACGAGAUGACUGAGUCGCUGCACGUUAAAGGCACUGCCACCUCGAGCACCAGCACUGCCUUCAAAGGGGCCCCCGCUGUUGGCACUCUCAGCACUGCAAGCAGCAGCAAGACAGGUUUUGCUGUGGGACAGCCUCAGUUUCAGUAG